AUGCCAAAGGUCCAGAAGUCAGACCCAGACCGUCCAUCAAGGACUGAUAGCUUCUUACGGAUGCUGGAGCUGGAGAAGAUGUACAAGAUGCAACGCAUCCAUGGUCAUGCCCCCCCGACGAUCGCAUCGCCAAGUACAACUCCUCCCUCCGCCCAGCCAAACAAUCCCUUUAAGGCUCGGCGUGCGAGCGGACAUCCUCCGCUUUCACACCAAACCCAGAUAAUGAAAGCCGUGCGGCGAAGCUCUGCCCUACCUUCGCUUUCGAUAUCUAUACCACCAGAGCCAACCGAAAACCCUGCCGUGGGCACGGAUGGAAUCUCCGGGGAAUUGCCAGCGAAGGAGGAGCGCACCAAGACGGUGACAUUCACGGGCCCCGAAGAAGAGGAGGACGAAGGUGAUUCUUCCGACCAGUCUUCCAUAUGCCAAUCGCCUAGUUGGGAGCAAUACGGACGCAAGAAAGCCAAGAAGCCCAAGAAGCGAGAAGCGGAGGAAAACAAGAAAAGUAAGGAAGACAAACCCGCGAACACUCUGAAGAAAAAGGGGAACAGACUGAGCAAGGUUCCGCCGCCGCACGUUCAAGGGGUUGAACCACUGACGGCGAGCCGCGCACAAUCUGCCCCUGAGUUAGAUGUUUAUCCCAAGUCUAAGACUGCGAACCUAGAUAUCCAAGAUUCCGCUCGGCCAGGCGCAAUGACCAAUCCAAGGCUUGAAAGCAAGCCUAAAAGCAAAGGCUUCUUAUCCGGCUUCAGGCUACAACAUGGAAACGUUGCCGCCGUUCAAAACAUCAUUGACAAUCAGCCACCAAACGGCAAUAGAGCCCAUAAAUCUUCCUCGGGAGUCGAUCCUAACUUCGUCAACCCUCGAAAGCCACCUUCGAUUCAGUCAGCUGUUUCGAAUUCUACUCGAUCUAUUUCCUCCCUAGAUCAGCUACCGCCAAGUGCUCGAAACUCUAGCUCAAGUCAUGGACGGUCUCAAUCAUUACUUACAUCCACCUUGAAUAAGUUGAAGGGACCAUCAUAUCUUUACUUUCGUCCUUCUGAAAAUGCCGAUAGCACUCGAUUCCAACGCCCUAGCAGUGCUCAAGAACAGGACAUGGAGUCUAGUUGGUUGAAAGAACAUCCGGCAGGACGGCCCGUGGAACGCCCCGCAGACCGACAGCCAGCGCGUCCCAAGGAACGGCCGACUGCUUCCGAUGAACGUAACCAACAGCUCCCCGAAUUUACGUUCCCACCAAAAGCCAAACGAGUCACUACUCAACUUACGCCCGAUAUGGCUGCUCGUGGUGUUCGAAACCAUAUUGAUUUUGAAGAGCCAAAAGAUAUGAGUGGCGACCAAGAAUCGCAGGAACCCACUUCAUUUCGAAACCGCCGAAGUCAAGCACCAAAUGCGCGCCUGCAAAAUCGAGAACAGGCUGUGGAAAAGGAGAGACAACCACGAGAGGACCGUGUUUCCCGGGCUUCGAAACAGAGAGCUGAGUUCUCAAAUGAUGGUGAAGAUCGGCCACCACAUGCUAGGCAGGCUAGACAUUCGAACCGGGAACUUGAGCACCAGCAUCGGACGAAUCGACGGGCAAACGGUUAUGUACAGCCGCAAGUAGAAUCCUGGGAGGAAUCCUCGCAUGAAAUGGAUCCACCAUCUUCUAGUCGACGGAGAUUUGCCAACUUUGACAGCGAAAAGCCCGCCCAGGCCGAGGCGAAUUUACGUACCGACGACGAGGACGAUCAGGGGUCCGUUGGCACCCAUGCAUCGACCAUCCGACCAGGGUCUCGGAAGCAAGGUCGUAGUUCUCCAUCAGGUUCAGAUGGGAGAAAACAUGUCACUUUCCCAUCUAGUCCAAACACGAUAGGGAGAGCUGUUACAUCUGACCCGGCCGAUGAAGCUUAUGAAAUUCCAGUAGAAAUGACAAAACCGCCGAAAAGAGAGAAGCCAGUUGAAGCAGAGGAGAUCGUACAUUCGCCCACCAAAAAACCAGCGCGAUUAGAUAAAUCGGCCGAUUAUUUCUCUUUCAUCAGUCAAUCAUAUGCUCCUCCAGCUCUGGAUCUGCGGUCGCCUAUGGAGGGUAAAUUCCCGUCACCACGGAUUGAGGAAGAGCCCGAAGAAGACGACGCUUUGGAACAUAUUUUAAGACACAUCCCAGUCAGGAGACAAGUCGAGGAAUUACCCACACCGCCUGAAAGCAUGAAUCAUGAUGUUGGAUCGCACUUAAAUGCUACUAGCAGGAUCUUAAAACAAAAGCCAGCCAAAAACUCACCAUCACUGUCAUCUCAUUAUUCGGAUAGCGACGUUCCCGCCUUCGAGCGCUUGGGUUUGUCGCCAAAAGCUGCCAGAAUCCUCGCAGGAACAGAUCUAUCCAGCGUGUCCACGUCUCAGUCAAAUACUGAUCCUAGUCGGACUAGCUCAGAGAGAUCUUCGUCUUCAACGUGCGAUGAUCCUCUUCCAUCGCCAUCCACAGCGUCAACGCCAGAUAGUUUGCGUCCACAAGCGUAUAAAGGACAUACACGAAGCCAUGCGGAUACCACGAGCAAUACCACGGCGCGACCAAGUAGCAAAGACGAUGAAAGGACUCCACAGAUGACCUACAAACCACCAGCUGUAGACUUGCCAUCAAAACAUAGCUCACGAUCUGCCAGCAGAGAUGCACUUGCUCAAGACGAUAACUGGAGCCGGACAGCACUGCCAAUGGAUCUUGAUAAUGAUAAUCUCGCCAAUUCAUCUGGAGACAAACAGAGUGGCCUAAGCUCGAGCCCGCAACUUGUUGCUACGCCAUCAUCGGUCACCUUCGCGGAGGACAUCAAAGAUAGCUCGGAGGAAGAGCGUAUUAAUAGGCAUCCGUAUCAGCAGUCUAUGCCACCCAGGGCCCAAUCCGCUCUCGACAUCCAUUCAGCAAACUUCUCGCCCGACACGAAGCAACAGGCGCUAUAUUCAAAGAAAGCAAAAGCCGGGGUUUCAUCAAUUAGUCUUCCUAACUCGCCGCCGGCAGAUUUAGUCGAUGGAGCCCCUCGAAAAUCCGCACUAAGAUCUCGCAAGAAUAGUUCCAACAGCGAAGAAUCUUCUACCGUAAUUUCUCCAGGGGCGGCGUAUCUCCAAGAAGCCCGGAAGAGCGUCCCGAUUCCUCCUGUCCCAACGUCCCGAGCCUUGCGGCCGCAUUAUGCGCAUAAAAACUCAUCCACCAAUAUCAAGGGCGCUGGAACUCCGGAGGGUCGGUCAGAUCCCUUAGCGAAAAUGCUGGUAGAGUGUUGCAACUGCAAAUUCUUCCAUGAUAUGCCUUCAAGAGUAUAUGAAUGUAUGGCCAAGCCUGACUCGCUCGUGGAGGAUAAAUUGCUCGGCGUUUCGGCUACUAUUACCACCAUGGUCAAGUGUCCGUGGUGUGCCCACGGUAUGACGACUCAAUGUUGCUCGGGCUACGCUGCUGUGGUUUACCUGAAGGAAAAGCUCCAUGGAAAAUAA